AUGUGCCCCGUCACGCUCAAGGGCGCAGACGACGACGCGUUCCUGCACCGCUGCCUCUCCACGGGGGUGUAUGGCGCGGCAACGUCAAUGCAGCGCGGUCUCGCCGUCGCCGCCUUCACGGCGCCGCGGCAGCUGCCGCACGCAUGCGUGCUGUACGCGGAGGACCCUGCCGUGCCAGGUGGGGCGCAUCAGCAGUGCCUGUACGUCGUCGCCGACGGCACCGUCACAGUGUCGCACCGCGGCGAACUUGUCGCAACGUAUCGACGCGGACAAUCCGUUGGUGAGGAGGUGCUGCUGCAGAAGCGGCGCGCCACACCAGCAACCACGGCAAUUGUCACGAGUCCUACAUGCACCGUCUAUCAACUCGACCGCAAAUCAUUCCGUUGCCUGCUGAUGGAGGCGUACCGACAGCAGAUGAAGUCCCGCAGAGCUAUGCUUCUCACGCAGCCGCUCGCGUCGCGGCUCAGUGUGGCUGCGUUUGCGGCGGUGUGCCACGACACCGUGACGAAUGUGUUCAAACCCGGCGAGGUCAUCCUUGCGCAGGGCGGCGAUGUGCGCCGUGUGGAUCUGCUGCUUGAGGGAACCGUCGACGUGGGAGUGCAGCACGACGGUGCGGCUUUGCAGGUCGUUUCGUCCCUCGGCGCCACGGACGUGAUUGGCGCGCUCGACCUGCUGCAGCAGCAGCAGCGUGUGUCGGUGGCGUGCUACAUUGCGAGGUCGCGCCUGCGCACGCUGAGCAUCCCGGCGGCGCUCUUCGCCGACAGCUGCCUGCGCGCGCCGGCGGUGCUGGAGUAUCUCGGGGAGCUGCAGGGCACCGCACGCUACGAGUUCCACCGACAGGAGACGCAGUUGCUGCUGCGGCUCAUGGAGGAGGCGGAGGGGGGGCAAAGGGGGCGGCUGGUGCCAUCGUCUUGA